UGACAGCGGGCCCGGGGCAGGACGGCCGGCGCCGCGCCGAGGAACCGCAGGCAGCGGGACAGCAGGUGUGGGCCAUGGAGGCAGGCUCAGUGGUUCGAGCCAUCUUUGACUUCUGCCCCAGCGUAUCAGAAGAACUGCCGCUCUUUGUGGGCGAUAUUAUAGAGGUGUUGGCUGUUGUGGAUGAAUUUUGGCUCCUGGGAAAGAAAGAGGAUGUUACAGGACAGUUCCCCAGCAGCUUCGUGGAAAGUGUGGCCCUUCCCAGCCUGAAAGAUGGGGAGCAGCUCUUCGUCUGCAUCAGUGAGUUCACAUCCGCAGAACCGAACAGUCUUCCCCUCCAUAGAGGUGACCUGGUGGUUCUCGAUGGAGCUUCCACUGCAGGCUGGCUGCAGGGCCGGAAUUGUUGGGGGGCCCGGGGCUUCUUCCCGGCCUCCUGCGCGAAGGAGCUCUGCCUUUCGUCCCGCAGCCAGCGCUGGCACUCGCAGAGCGCCCUGCUCCAGCUCCCGGAUUACUCCAUGGGCCAGGCACGCGCGCUUAUGGGGCUCUCGGCGCAGCUGGAUGAGGAGCUGGACUUCCGAGAAGGGGAUGUGAUCACCAUUAUCGGGGUGCCCGAGCCUGGCUGGUUUGAAGGGGAGCUCGAGGGCCGAAGAGGCAUCUUUCCUGAAGGUUUUGUGGAGCUCCUGGGGCCCUUGCGGACAGUGGAGGAGCCGGUGGACUCUGGCGAUGACCAUGUUGUGAAUGGGAAGAAAGUUGAGCCUGUGGAUCAGCGGCCAGAGCAGGUGUCAGACCAGGGCAGUGAGCAACCAGGGACCUAUGGAAUCGCCCUUUAUAGAUUCCAAGCCCUUGAGCCCAAUGAGUUGGAUUUUGAAGUGGGGGACAGAAUCCAGAUUCAGGAGACCCUGGAAGAUGGCUGGCUCAAAGGCUCACUUCGGGGUCGCACUGGUGUCUUUCCCUACCGGUUCGUGAAGGUCUAUAGUGAAGCACCGGCAGAGGAGAGCCCAGAGGGACAGCAGGCACCUGGCCUGCCCAGCAGCUCAGAAGCAUCCCCAGGGCCUUCUGAAAACUCCUCAGGGGCUGAGGAAGAAAGAUCUGCUAGGGACUGGACGGAGAAGCCCCCCCAGCCCACUCUGGAAGCAUUUGCUUCCAUCCCACCAGAUGCACUUUUGUCCUCCAGCACUGAAGCCUGGGGGGAUGAGAGGGAGCCCUUAACCUUGCCCCCAAGAAGCCCUGCUACCGGGCACUUGCAGCCUCUCUCCAAAGUCAGGUCCACUGAAGAUCUGCCCCAGGUGGUCAAUGGUGUCUCCUCCCAGCAUCAAGCACCCUGUCACCCGCAGCUGCAGAAAAAGCCACACUAUUCUACAGUGGAAGGAAGCCCCCUGCACCCUGAGGAUCCUGAACCCCUACAAGUGAAGACUCGAGAGUAUUCCAACUUGCCUGCCCGAAAAGCAGACACCCUGCCCAGAACCAGACUGGUACCUUCUCUUAACCAGGACACUUCGCUUUCAGCCACCUGGACAGGGAGAGCCGGCAACCAUCGCAGCCCUCUGCUCCCCUCCAUGUGUGCCCCAAAGUACCCUAUGCCCAGAGGCAGUGCUUUUACCCUGGGCCGAACUGACAGCUUAGAAGUGCGUCGAGCAGCCAGUGAGAAGGGGCCAGGCCUGGACACCAUAGCCCUGACCCAGAGUAAUGGCAGCGCCGACCUGGAUUCCAAGUUGACCCAGCAGCUGAUGGAGUUUGAGAAGAGCUUGUCCACAGAACCUGACAAAAUCUGCCGACGCUUUUCUAUUGAGGACUUUAACUCUGAGAAGGAUAUUGUCUGGGGUUCUUCCAAGCUUCUGGGCCCGCAGGAGCUGUCCAGGAGGAGGAAGGCUCUGAGGCCACCCCCUCCGCGUCCCAGCACCCCAACCUCCACUCCUCUCCACAUGCUCAUAGACCAGAACCCAAGGCCCCAGCUGCCCUUUCCUAUGCGGCCUUCUCGCCCAGCGCCCCUGCCGCCCUCCAUGCAUCAGAGGGUGAAUGUGGUCCCUACCAAAACCCCAGCUUCUCCUCAGCCUAGCAGUGAGUCCCUGGAGAAGCAGGGCCCAGAGACAGUGGGAAAGACUUUGGAUCAUCCAUCCCAGGACCCCUUAGUAACAACGGUGAAGAGUCAGGAGAUGGAACAAGACUUGGAUAUGUAUAGCCCGGCUCCUGAAGAGCUGAAUCUGAUGCUAGAAAAGCAAGAGGCAAUUUUCAAAGCAGACACACUGGGAAAUCUGCAGUUCUACGAGAGCAACAUUGAAAGUCUGAGUCUGGAGCUCCAGCAGCUUAGAGAAAUGACACUCUUAUCCUCCCAGUCUUCACCAGCAGCUUCUUCUGGGUCUGUGUCCACAGAAAACCCAGAGCAGAGGAUGCUGGAGAAGAGGUCCAAAGUGGUGGAAGAGCUCCUGCAGACAGAGAGAGACUACAUCCGAGAUCUAGACAUGUGCAUUGAGCGGAUCAUGGUGCCCCUGCAGCAGGCACAGAUACCCAACAUUGACUUUGAGGGACUGUUUGGAAAUAUGCAGAUGGUGAUUAAGGUUUCAAAGCAGCUACUGGCUGAUCUGGAAGUCAGCGAUGCUGUAGGUCCUGUGUUUCUCGAUCACCGGGAGGAGCUUGAGGGAACCUACAAGGUUUAUUGCCAGAAUCAUGAUGAAGCUAUUUCACUGCUGGAGAUCUAUGAGAAAGACGAGAAAAUCCAGAAGCAUCUUCAGGAUUCCUUGGCAGAGCUUAAGAGCCUGUACAAUGAAUGGGGAUGCACGAAUUAUAUUAACCUGGGCUCCUUCCUCAUCAAACCAGUACAGAGGGUCAUGCGCUACCCACUGUUGCUAAUGGAACUGCUGAAUUCCACUCCAGAAUCCCAUCCGGAUAAAGUGCCUUUAACCAACGCAGUCCUCGAAGUCAAGGACAUCAAUGUUAAUAUUAAUGAAUACAAACGUCGCAAGGACCUGGUCCUCAAGUACCGCAAGGGUGAUGAAGACAGCCUCAUGGAGAAAAUCUCCAAACUGAACAUCCAUUCCAUUAUCAAGAAGUCCAACCGUGUAAGCAGCCACCUGAAGCACCUCACUGGCUUUGCCCCACAGAUAAAAGAUGAAGUAUUUGAAGAAAUAGAAAAGAAUUUCCGGAUGCAAGAAAGAUUGAUCAAAUCUUUCAUCCGAGACCUCUCUCUCUACCUCCAGCAUAUCCGGGAAUCGGCCUGCGUGAAAGUGGUGGCCGCCGUGAGCAUGUGGGACGUGUGCAUGGAAAAGGGACACCAGGAGUUGGAGCAGUUCGAGAAGGUGCAUCGCUACAUUAGUGAUAAACUCUUCACAAGUUUUAAGGAGAGGACAGAGCGGCUUGUCAUCUCUCCCCUGAAUCAGUUACUGAGCAUGUUUGCGGGGCCCCACAAGCUGAUACAGAAGCGCUUCGACAAGCUCCUGGACUUCUAUAACUAUACGGAGCGGGCGGAAAAGCUGAAGGAUAAGAAGACCCUGGAGGAGCUGCAGUCAGCCCGGAACAACUACGAGGCCCUGAAUGCGCAGCUGCUGGAUGAGCUACCCAUGUUCCAGCAGUGCGCACAGAGCCUCUUUACCAACUGUGUGCACGGCUACGCUGAGGCCCACUGUGAUUUCGUGCGCCAGGCCCUGGAGCAGUUACAGCCACUGCUUUCGUUACUCAAAGUUGCUGGCAGAGAGGGGAACCUCAUCGCCAUCUUCCACGAGGAGCACAGCCGAGUGCUGCAGCAGUUACAGGUUUUCACCUUCUUCCCUGAGUCUCUCCCAGCUACCAAGAAGCCCUUUGAGAGGAAAACUAUGGACCGCCAGUCUGCUCGGCGGUCAUUCCAGGGUCAGCCAAGUUUCAUGGUGUUACAGUCAGAAGACCUCCGAGCCUCCCUUCUAUCAAGGUAUCCCCCCGAAAAACUCUUCCAAGCAGAACGGAACUUCAACGCAGCUCAAGACUUGGAUGUCUCCCUUCUGGAAGGGGACUUGGUGGGCGUGAUCAAGCAAAAGGACCCAAUGGGCAGUCAGAACCGCUGGCUGAUUGACAAUGGAGUCACCAAAGGCUUCGUGUACAGCUCCUUCCUGCGGCCCUACAAUGCCCGCCGCAGCCAAUCCUCCACUGACUCAGAGCAUGGCAGUGCCUCACCCGGGAUCCCCCGACAUGGCAGUACCAGCAGUGUGGCCUCAGCCUCCAGCCAGAAGCAACCUCCGGACUCUUGGAAGGAAUGUGACCCAGCGCCUUCUAGUACCUACGUCAACUUGGGAACUGUAGAGAGUGGCCCUUGCAGAAGCCCCCGUGACCCCGAUACCACCUCCCAGCCCUGGCCCUGGGAUGCCACAGAUGCUGCCAGAGAAACUCAGCAGUCAGCACCCUCAAUGAGGAGCAGCAGGGGCGCCAGAGCCCCCGAAACAGCCGGGUCUACAGUGCCCGGGCGCAGGGGUCAGGGGAAGGACUGGGUGAAAAGGGGUGUGAGGACUGGCCCACCACCGCCGGAGAACAAGAACCAGGAGCCAGUGAGCAGCGAGGCAGCAGGCAACCAGGUCUAUUUUGCUGUCUACACCUUCAAGGCCCGGAACCCAAAUGAGCUGAGCGUGUCAGCCAACCAGAGACUGAAGAUCCUAGAGUUUAAAGACGUUAUGGGAAAUGCAGAGUGGUGGCUGGCAGAAGCCAACGGGAAGAAGGGCUACGUCCCGUCUAACUAUAUCCGCAAAACUGAAUACACCUGAGCUGGAGCCCUUUCCGAUGCUACCUUGCUGCCUGCGCUUUCCUUCUGCUGAGGGUCCUGGCGGCCCUCGAGGGGACACUGGCUCCUGCACCCCAGGUCCUGUCUGCACUGCCACCCACACCCUGGUGGGGCACAGGAGCAGCCUUGUCCUCUCCCAUGAAGGUUGUUGGCCUUCAUGCUCACUAGAAUCUCUCGCAUUCAAAGUGGGUUCUAAGGCUUGAAAACAAUGUCAUGACUGUUAGAAAAGAGGGAAGUCUGGGAGUUCACCUCUGGAAAUAAAGGUUCCCCUCUGAUCAGUGUUCGGUGUAUGCUAGAAACUGGGCUGGAGCCUUAGGAGAAUGUUGGCUUAUUUGGAUCUGCCUGGCCUGCUCUCCACCACUCACCAGCCAGAAGCAGAGGUGAUGAAGAAGAUUCUCUGAGAGCCCUCAAAGGGAGCGUUUGCAUGUGGCAAGGAGACUGUACUGAAUCCAGUGUUUCAAAUAC